ACAGAUCCCUGUUUUGGCUAAUGUUCCCACGAUAUCAAAUCGCUUAGACUUUCUGUUAUGAUUGCAGCAGGAGGAGUGUAUAUGCGAAUGUAUGAAUAAUUGUCUAUGUAUGUGUGUGUGAGUGCGUUUCUAAAUGUUCAUAUACAGAGAGAGUGAGACAGGCAGAUAUAUAUAUAUACAUAUAUAUAAAUAUAAAUAUAAAUUACCAAACAAUUUUUCUGUUGCAUAUAUGUUUAACUGAGAACCACAACGCUUGAUCUAAUGAUAUUUUAUUAAGUUUGAAUACUAUCAAAGAAUUAUAGAAUUGUUUUAAUUAACAGUAAACCGAAGCAGAAGAAAUUAGACGGAUCGACAACAAAAUGGUACCUCGCCUCUUCCUGGUGUUAGUUGUUUUCCAUUUGGGUAUAACAGCCUAUGGAAAGCAAACUAUGAAAGCAACCCUGAAAUCUCUUCAUGCCAUCAGUGAUAUUAGAUAUCGAUAUGCUACCACUCUAGUUUCCCUGAAGUAUUAUAACACGUACAAUUUUGCUGUCACUGCAGACUUACAUGUAAACAUGCCUCGCCAUUCAUUUAUAUCAAAUUUCUCCAUGGAAAUUGAUGGAAAUGUGACUGUGGGAGAAGUAAAACAAAAAUCGGAAGCAAAACGUAUUUACGAUCAUGCCAUUAAAACUGGACAAAGUGCUGGCUAUGUUGCUGUGGAACACCGCUUCACAAAUGUCUUUGAUAUAUCUGUUAAUGUUGAACCACAGAAGUAUAUAGUUUACAACUUGACGUAUCAAGAACUUCUGACACGAGAGAACAAUAAAUACAGGCACGUCAUCCAUUUGUCCAAUGGUGGAAUUAUUGAUGACUUUUUAAUUGAGGUUUUCAUUAAGGAACCGCAAGACAUUAUUAAUGUGUCUGUACCAGAAAUUAAAGAUGAUAAAGCAAGAGAUUUUCUUGAAACCAACGGGCUGGAAUAUGUUUCAGUUGAUUACGUCAACAGUAAAGAAGUUUACAUCAAAUACAACCCAAAUCGUAAACAGCAAGAAGAAAUUUCAAAGGAAAAUGGUAUUGUCGGCUUAUUCAAAGUGGCAUAUGACGUGAAUCGUGCAAAUAAUUCAAAUUUUAUAUAUGCAGUUGAUGGCUACUUUGUACAUUUCUUCACUGCUGAUUUCUUAAAACCUCUUCGAAAGCACAUUAUAUUUAUACUUGAUGUCAGUGGAUCAAUGUCUGGUACUAAAAUUCUACAACUGAAAGAAGCUAUGGAGAAUAUCCUUGAUCAACUUGACCCAGAACUUGAUAAAUUUAUCAUCGGAAAAUUCAGCAGUGAUGUCGUUUGGAUGGAGAAUAAUUUUUUACCAGCAAGAAAAGAAUAUAUAAAACGAGCAAAAACUUAUAUUAGGAAUAUUAGCGCCUCAGGAGGUACAAACAUUGACGCUGCUCUCCUUGAAAGUAUAGUCAAACAUAAAUCCACUGAUGAAAGAGUGUUAUCCACCAAAAUUAAAAAUAUCAUCAUAUUUCUCACUGAUGGUCAUCCAACCGUAGGAGUAAGCUCCACAGAAAUGAUCAAGAAAAAUGUAAGAGAGGCCAACGAAGAGAUUUCAUUAUUUACCCUUGGUUUCGGAGAAGAUUAUGACCAUAAAUUUCUACGUGAGAUUGCCGCGGAAAAUGGAGGCUUUACUAGGAAGAUCUACGUAGACUCUGACAGUAGCCUCCAAAUUGAAAAUCUCUAUAAAGAAAUUUCUAAUAUUUUAUUAAAAGAUAUUACAUUUGUUUACUUAGAUGGUGCUGUUAAUACUAGUACUUCAACAUUUAGCAACUACUUCAAAGGAUCAGAAUUAGUUGUUUCAGGUAUUUUGAGGGAUAAAACCCAAUUGACCAUGCAUCUAAAUGUAAACAAGACUGACAAUACGGGACGAAGUGCUGAUACAUUAAAAGUGGGUAUCAACCUGAGUGGAAUUGGAGAUGACUUUACCCUGUUCGAUGAUCUUCCUGAAAAUCCAGAAUUGACAAGUAUUCAGUCAUUGUCUAAAAUUACUGAAAAGACUUAUGCUUACCUCACCCUGAAACAACUUCUCAAAGAAGAGAGAACACACCAUGUUAAAUCGGAAAUCCUUGAUCUGGCACUCAAGUAUAAUUUUGUAACACCAUUAACGGCAAUGGUUGUCACCAAAUCUAAAAUUAAAGAGAAACGUUUUGACGAAAACGAUAAUGACUCAUCAGGAGUACGACGAAAGAUAACUCUCACUGGUGCGACUAAUCCAUUCAGAUUUAAUUAUUUUCGUCCUUCACAAGUUCGUCCUUCACACGUUCGUCCUUCACACGGUCUUAAUGGCAUGCGCCCCCAUGAUAUACCCUUUGAUUCUUCACGCAAUCAUCACGUCAUGCGUGGUAAUCACGGCAUGCGCGUUCUUCCGGCUCUCGGAAAACCUGCAACCACAGGAAAACCUACAACCACAGGAAAACCGCUGCCAAUUUUUCCUCAUGCUCCUGCCAUUGCCUUAAAACCAUUAAAUUGUAAGUUAGACUUGUGUUUCACUGAUAAUAGUCUCUGCAGAAACCAAACAAGAAUCAUGUUUUUGAAUGAUAAAUAUGCAAGUAAGUGAUUCAAUAUUGUUUUA